AUGCGCUUUAUAAGACGGCAUUGGUGUUUAUUCGCUGAUAAUCAAAGUCACAUCGACAAUUAUAUCGCGCAGUUAUUCAUUAUUACAUGUUUGUUUUUUCAGGACCCUAUCGCGUUGUAUAUUCCGGUACACGCCGGUAAACAGAGCUUCCACGGACACACUGCGCGCGAAUACAUCGUGAAGGCGGAAAAGGGAGGAAAAUGGGUGUGCCUGGAAACAAGGGAGGAAACACUGGAAAAUUACAAAGACGUAAAAUUCGCGGUGGCGGAAGUGAAUAGUCUCGAGCGCGUGGCGGUGUUCAGUCGACUAAAACGAGACUACUCAACGAUUUCGAAAAAAGGCGGCAAAGUGACAUCAUCUUUCGAUCAGAGGAUUUGUAUGACGAUUCCAAAAGGUUGCAUCACGGGAAAGGAUCAUAUCAUGAUGGAGGUCCUGCCUUUGGACUCUAGUUCCGUGACGGACCUGAAGUCGCGGUCAACCAAGUGCAAGGGGCUGUUGUCGUCAAGCCCCAUCGUUCACAUGCAGUUCGAGUCAACCGCAUUCGAGACACCAGUCACGGUGACAGUCCCGUGCCCUCCGAACCCCAUCAAGGCGAAGAAACUGGCUGCCAUGAGAAAGGCCAAGGAAGAGAAAAUGAAGAACCCAACAAGGGCGCCCAUCCUUCUGCCACACGAGAUCGAGGCUCUGGAGAAGGAGAAGCAGAAGUCCAAACUUCAGAAGAUGCAGGAGCAGAUAGCGGCCGCCGAGAACCAGAAGGACGAGCCGAAACCCACCAAGUGGUAUAUGGGGGACUAUGCCAUGAACGAAGACGACGAAAAUGACAAUCUGUACCUGAUCAGUUGCCAUGGCAACAAGUGGACGCCCGUGGAGAACGUGAACAUCAUGCAGGUGAAACUGGACCUGCUGCAGUUCGACCUGGAUAGACCGCUCGAGAAGUUUAUGGUGCUGCGUACCAAGACCAACGUGAAGGAGGAAGAAGUGGGCUCUAUGGCAAACGAGGUGUCCAGCUUCCUGUCGCAGAAAUUCGUCCAAGUCAUUCUAAAACAGAAGAGUAACGAUCCGCUGGACACGGUAUUGUCCGUGGUACCCACGAGCCGCACGGAGAAGACGCUGAAGAAACUCUCACAGGAGGGGUAUGACGACGGGCCCGAGCCCAGCCAGGCACUGAGCAUAAACGAAGGCGACGUCAUAGAGGUCGGUUUCCGUGGAAACAUCAAGAGCCGGGACUCAGAAGACAUACAGUUCGUGUACAACUCUAACAUGGACAGCGAGACAGAGUUCCACGCCUGCGAGGUGGACAAGUACCUGCAGAGGAACUUCCCCGUCUACAGGGGCGUGGUAGAGGUUUACCGGAAUUACAAAGUGAAGACGGCGACGACAAGAAGGAAACGGCGGGAUUCUAACGAGGAGAACGAAGAACAGCCAUACGAGAACAAGCGAGACAAGCUGUGUGAACUCGCCAUCAAUAUCCCAAAGUACCACGUGGAACAGAACUCCGCCGUGAUUCGAGCACCUGUCACCAUACAUAACACCUCGGACCCGGUCAAUGACGAACUCUGCAGAUUCGUGGCCGAGGAACUCGGCGAGGAGUGGAAAAUGGUGGCAGGUUAUUUGAACGUGAGCAAGCCUCGUGUCCAGGCCAUAUUGCGCAAUCUCCAAAAUGGCGAUUGCAAUGACUGCGACGCGAGAUAUGAUAUGCUGAUGACAUGGCUGAAGAAGACUCCGAAAGCCGUUGACAAGGUAUCGUGUCUGUCAAACGCGUUACUCAAAAGUGGGCGUGGUGAUCUUGCAGAAGAAAUUCGAUCGCGUGACAGAGAAUUCCGAGAAAAUCACGUCACGAAUUAACCAGCAGAUAUGACGUCACUGUGAUUUUAUAACUUGUAAUGUUGUAUGCAUCUCCGUAAUUAUGUUAUGUAUCCUCUUAUAAGAGAUGAAACCAAAGACGUGGAAAUUGUAAAUUGCCAGCCACGUGACACAUAGGGUGUGUGGAACUAAAAGCGUGUCCCAGUAUUCAGAGUUGGGAUUGUGCAUGUAAUACAUAUACGAUAUAAACUGAGAUGUAAGUCGUUGUUGUCCUGUUAGUUUUCUGAAUUAUUUCAUUUUGUAAGAUGUACACAUUAUUGGCACACAUAAAUAAUGUAUAUUCAUUUGUUUUUUUCUGUAAUCGGUCAUACAUUUUUGUGCCUUAUGCAUGAUUUAAUUACUGAAUGUCAGAACAGUGCUGUACAAUGUGCUAUUUGUAAACAUACACAUACUAACAAGUGCAUUAGUUCUGCAUCAGACACUUCGAAUGUAUGACAAUUUUAUUCGAUUACCUUAAUAUUCUUGUACAUAUUGUUUGAUAUAAACGUGCUUUAUUUUGAAGUUGUAUUACAUGCACACUCGUUGUAGAAUUUAAAAUAUAUUAUGUUAUUUAGUCAGUACAAUAUUUACUAUAUCGCAUGCGUACAGUUAGCUUGACCGCCUUUACAAAUACUGCUAUUUGUGAUAUUUUAAUAGUUUAUUUUGAGUUGUGUUUUUAUGCUUUUUAAGUUAAUACAUUCUGUGAUAUAACACUUACCUUACUAUAAGCUACCGAUUUGACGAGAUGUGAUAUUUCGAUUUGUGAUACAUCUGUAUUUUAUUUUUGCCUUCUUUAUUUGUAUUUUUAUGUCCAUGUGUAUAGUUAUUCAUGUUAGAUGGCUCUUGUCCGUUUUGUCUGUCUCUUGUUAUGUCGAGUUUAAAAGCAGGUCAUUGCUACUAAUGACUUCUACUUUUGUAUUAUUUGUAUUAUUUGUAUAGUGUAUACGAUUAUUGUAAAAUUCUAUUUUUAUGAAAUUUUUACCUGGGUUAUGAUGGGGAUAAUAAAUACAUAUACAUAUUAUAAUAGCCAAGAUCUUUAAUUUUUUGUUCACAAUAAGUAAUUUAUUUGACAGUUGCCGUAAACGGGUGUAAUUGUUCUUAAUGGCUUUUUCUCUAAAUGAUUAGAGUUUAGCGUACAAAUGGAGUUUUUUUACUAAUUGCCUGUGGAUAUAAACCUGAACCGGUUAUAUAGUUUCCACAGAACGCAUAUUAAUACACGUUCCCGUGUUUUACAGAAAUGUCGCAAUUUAAAAAGAGAUAUUGCUUCUUUGAAUAAUGAAUUAUUUAUAUUUAUGUUUGUAGGCAUAUUACGUACGCACAUUGUUUUGUGUUAACAUCCCUGCUAAGAAUGUAAUAUUUUCGUUUUCCUAGCAAUAUAUUUAUAUUUAUCGCUUCAAUACCGUUACCACAAUAUGCAUCGUUGAGUAGUCUUGUGUACAGGUAAAUGGAUUACAUAUUAUAACUAGGUAUCGUUGUGCAAAUUAGUAAAUGGCCCAUUUACAAGCAAUAGAAAUAUUACAAAAUAUAUGAUUGCAAAGUGUUCAAACGAGAUAAAGUUUGGGUCGAAAUGCAGGCCUAAAUAUUAGUGUUUCUUACCGAUUGAUCGCAUAUUUUGACGGCGUUUCAGUGUUAAUCCUAAUAUUAACCUUUAAUUUCAACCUUCACAGUAACAUAAGUUCAGUGUAUUCCGUAAGACUAAACAAUAUUACAUUUAUUAAUUUAAUUUCUUCUCAACAAAAGUAUUGAGCAAUCCACCGUUACUCAUGUUUUAAUAAAGAAUUCGAAAUCAGGAA